AUGGCAACCAGGAUUUAUAUUGGUCGUCUCUCUAGAGACGCCCGUGAACGUGAUGUUGAAAAACUUUUUCGUGGUUAUGGUAGUAUUAGAGAAAUAAAAUUGAUGAAUGGGUUUGGCUUUGUAGAGUUUCGUGACCAUCGUGAUGCUGAUGAUGUGGUUUACGCCUUUAAUGGUAAAAGUUUUAUGGGUGAAAAAGGAGAACGUAGAAGACAUGAUAGAGACGAUCGUAGGGACAGAGACAGAGAUGAUCAUCGUGGAAGAUUUGCACCGCCUCAAAGAAAUCCUCAAUGUAGAUUGAUUGUGGAAAACUUGUCUUCAAGUUGUAGCUGGCAGGAUCUUAAGGACCUAAUGCGAAAAGCCGGCGAAGUAACUUUUGCAGAUUGUCAUAAAGAUCGUAUUGGUGAAGGUGUUGUUGAAUUUUCUUCUUAUGAUGACAUGAAAAAUGCUAUUAGGAAACUCGACAAUGUAGAACUAAAAGGAAAACGCAUCAUUCUUCAUGAAGCAUCGAAUAACGAUUCUGAUCAUAAUUAUGAUCGAGAUUAUCGUCGUCGUUCACGAUCUCCUCACCCUAGACAUUCAAGGCGUCACCAUUCCCCUUCUCGAUCUCCACGCCAUCGUCAUUCAGAUUCAAGGUCUAGAUCACCUUCUGAUAAUGGAAAAGAUAACAACAAUUCUCGGUCAAGAACUCGCUCCCGAUCUUCUUCACCACCACCACCCAAUGAAAAUGGAAAUGAAAAAGGAAAUGUAAAUGAUGAUAAAAAUGUAAACGAUGAUGGAAAUUUAAACGAUGAUAAAAAUGGAAACGGUGAUAGAAAUGGGAAUGAUGAAUCUCAUAAUAGUCCUAAACAAAGUCCUUCUAAAAGUGAAGAACAUAUUGUUCAAGACGAUGAUGAAAAGGAACUUGAAGCUGCUGAUUCAAUGUGA